AAUGAUAAUCGGAGGUGCCCGAAAAAGUAUCGGAUAUCAAUUAUCGAGUGCAAUUGUUGUUCAUCGUGCUUUUCCGAUAUUUCCGUUUCGUGCGAUCGAAGCAACCUGAACUCAACGGUAUAUUGUUGCGAGAUGGAUAGCAGUGUGCAUGCGCGUCGACUUUUUUGACGCGGUCUUCACGUACUUCAGUUCCGAGUCGGAGUGUGGCGUCCCCAGUUCCCGCAGUUUUCGCGUUAUUUAAUAUCUAAGAUUGUGUCGUGUAUAAACGAUAAUCGGGAGUGCCGGAUAAAGAUAAAGCAUUGGGCGAUCAUUGGAAAAUAUUAAUUAUUAUCGAGUGCAGUCAUUAUUUGUCGUGUUUUUCCGUUUGCGUUUUUUGCAUGAUCGGAGCGACACAACUUGAACUUGAUGACGAUCGAGAGAGCGUUUUUAUGACGAGGUGAUAUAAUUUGAUGUUGCCGUUCGAGAAUGGAAUGAACGCGAGGGCGGAAUAAAUCAUCGGGAAGCCCAGUGGGAUGCAUUACGCGCAUUACUUCGAGAGGGUCUCCUAAAGCGGCCGUUGUAGCACCAGGACUGAUCGAGCGAAAUAAUGCGAUCGAAGCGCAUCAAGAAGGCAGCGCUUUUCAGAUUGCUUAGAUACAGACAGUGCGCCAGAUGCCGGAAGAUAACUUAGCGCAUCCAGUGGCAUCUAAAGCGAUAACCCGAAAGUAAAGAAAAGAGGAGCACAUACACUCACAUACACACAUAUACACACACAUUGCAAACGAGAGCACACGAGACUGAACGCGAUCGUGACGACGAUCGACGAACGUAAUUUCACUUCACUGGCUGUGAUUUUUAUUCCUAGAAUCUGAUUUUCAGAGGCUUGAUGCGCGAAACUUUGUUAAGACUGAUCAAGUUAGACUUCUCACGAAGAACAUACGAGACUGGAACGUUGUCGUCGAUAAUUUGUGACAUCGCUAGAUCGUUGUUAAUGCCGUACUUUAUCGUGUGAUUAAUAACAUUAUAUCCGUAUUAUUAAACUAUGUAUCCAUACUGUAAACAUUAAUCGCGAUCUGAAUGUUAUCCAUGUUCUUUAAAGACCAUUAAAAAUAAUUAAGGCGAAGCUAAUCUCAUCUUCGCGAAAGUAUAGGAAUCGAAACGUUGUUUUCCUUGCAUUUUUUAGCGCCAUCGUAUAACGUAUUGAUUGCAUAUACAUAAAUGACGGCAAGAAUUGCCUUCUGCGUCGAGCGGAUAAAAUACUAAACUCAGAAUUGCAUUGUCGGUUAACGAUCACGAAAGCAACGCGAUCCAUCGUCACGGGAAACGUCACGUCGAGGAAACAUUCGUCGGAUUUACCCGGCGUGCUUCGAUUCGCGUCUAACCACGUUCGACAAUAUGCUUUCGAUUACUCGGCAGUGUUCUCUCUUUCUCUCGUCGUCGACGAGCGGUCGCUGUUCCUGAAAGUUAGCCAAUCCCUCGAAAAGAUCUCGAGAUGUUCACGCGAUUCGUUCAAGAUUUACGAUAACUUUGGCCGCGUCGAGCGGCAAAGUCCAAGAAGGACAAUUCGUCGGCAUCAAAAAGUUUGAGUAGCACUCGGAUCGUCCAAUACUUGGACCAGGCUUAAAAUUAUUUCGCCGCAUCGGCGGAAAGAGAUCAUUGCAUCGUCAAUAUCGUUAUAAAGCUACUCGAUCGUUUCGGACGAGAUCGGAAAAAUUCGUGAAAUUUUGCGGCGCCUUAUAUCCACAGACAGAUGGGAUAAUAACUGAAGAAAAUUGACAAUUAAAAAGUACAAGCGGUUGAGAGGAAAUAUUAGAAAAAGAGGCAGAGGUGUGAAGAAGAUUUUAAACGUUUUGGAUUGAGAGGAAAGAAAAUUAAACGGCGGAAAAGAGCGGAGGAAAGGGUAAUUAAGAAAGAGAGAAUCAAGGUGAGGACCGAUUGGCAGUCGAAAUGUGAAAAGGAAUUUGAACGGAUAAAUUGACUGAGGCUUAAACGCAUGGAAGAAAUAUAAGGGGAGAGAUCAAAGCAAACAUUUUCAUUUGGAGUCUUUUUGCGAAAAUAUAUAUAUAGAUAUGGAGUGUGAUUCAAAUUGGAAUUGUUGAAAAUUCGGCCGCUUAAGACCAAAAGCCGGUGGUAAUUGACGCGAUCUUCUUGGAUGUGUUUAUUUACAUCGAAUUUUUGAAACAAAAAUUUGCCUCGUGCCGUUUUUCGGCACAUUCGAGAAGCAUAGAUCAGCGUUAAAAGUGCUUUGAUGAAAUUAGACUAUCAAAAAUUAGAGUGAACGCUAAAUUAUAUAAAUAAAAUUGAUUUUUUGUAUAAACACUUUUAAAGUGAAAAUUAAACAUCGUAUAGUGUCAUUGGUAUUAUUCAAAUCUUUAUCGAGGACAGAUAACGUAAUAGUCGGACUUUCGCAAAACGGAAAAGUGACUGUAGCAGUGAUCUCAUUGAAGAUUUAUCCGGCCAGUUUUGCACAACUUGAAGAUAGAUUGUGAUUAAAUCCGAAGGGAUUAUUAGAAUUAUUCAUUCGGCAUAUCGUUCACCGGUGCAGAUGAUUGACGUAAUUAAAGAAAACUCAUGAGAGUGCCAAGCAAACUGCGAAGAAAGAUAAUUGAAAAUUCAUGCGGCGUUUUAGCGCUUUCUCUUCUUCGUAAAAAGAGCAAGGGACAAUAAUAGCCGGUUUAUUGCACCUCUUAAUCGAUAGCCUAAAAGAAGAAAAAAAAUAAGAGAGAAGAAAGAAUCUCGACAGCGUAAGGAAGAGGAAAAAAAGUAGACUUUUAAACGAUUUAAACAUAGUGGGAUUAGCUUAGAAUAUCCGAUUGAAAGUACAGACUGGUUGAAUUAAAGAUUCAAGCGACUACUUCCGCAAACUUGAAUUACAAAGUGCGAACGAGGGCGAGCUAUCCAAUCGACGAGCUAUCUAGUCCGGCAAUUUCUUCGAUUCUGAGGAAAUAUAUAAUCCGACGAGCAGAGGAAACGAAAGAGUUAAGGAGAAACGUCGUGGAACGGAGAAAAGCUAUUCGCAGACUAAAACGGCAACGCGCUCGCUUCCUGAAAAAAUCAAGCCGUCUCUUAUCUUGGAAGCGGAUCGGAGAUCGAGGGAAAGGCAGUCAACCGAUCGUUUCAAGGCCGUAAAAUUCAAGAAGAGAAUGCCAAUCAACGACUGCGCUUGACAGAAGCGACGAUGCUGUUUUCAAUUCUUGAUGGGAUAACGUCAAUCUUUUGAGCGGAAUGAACGUCGGAAGACUUCCGUCGGAUUCGAUUUGGUAAGGAAAGAAGAAGGAGGAAGUACCUCCCGUCAUACGAGAGAGGGUAAAGCCGCAGAAAGAGGAAGGGUCGCGUUAGUGUGGGUAUGUGAUCGUCGUGUGUGUGGAAGCGAAAAGUGCAGUCGAAGCAAUACAGCGGAGCUAAAACGGUCUUUGGGGAAGAAAUUGCAGCCUGCAACUGCUGGGAGAAGGAGAGGAAAGAAAGAAAAAACUGGCAAUGAUCACGACACGUGCGGUAUCAACUCGUCGUUGAAGUUUGCUCGCUAAUAUACGUUUCCCUUGUAUUCUCCUCUUGUAUUCUAUUUAGGAAAACGCUAAUGGACUGUGACACGUGGAUCGUGUGACAAUGCAAAGUUCUCGUGAUAUCGGCGUGGGCGAUUAUAGAGCGAUCUCAUCGCACGGUUUUUGUCGAGAAUUACACCAGCGGGAACCGUUUCCGCGCAAAAUCGCAUUAAAGUAUCGUUUAUAGAAUCUCGCGUUCUUCGAUAAUUUAAUCGAUAAUUUCAGAUAUAACCGUGGAUGUAGAAGAGAAUUGCGCGUACAAAAAAUUCGGUACGGGGGUGAAAUACUCAACGUUACCCAGAAGAUCCAAGAGAUUCCAUUGAGAUCUUUGAUGCUCCUGGUAAAGAGAAGAGUAUGUUUGAGGAAGCAAUGUGUUGAUCUACGAAUUCACGUUGAUGAAAUUCGAGAGACGCGAUGUGUCUUCUCGACGUAGAUCGCAAUGGCAAUUCGCAAACAGAGAAGACGACGAAUGAUAUUCGACAAACAGACUGUAGUCCGCUGAAUUCGAUACUGUCGACGUUGUCUAAAACACUACUCGUUGUUUAAAGGCCGCGUAACGUUAGACGAUAUCCGAGGUGCAACACGAGCGACCUGAGAAGAAGAGAGAAGGAGAGAGAAUGAGGGUUAUCGAUUAUUCGAAACAAUGUUCCGCGAUUGUGUUCGCCACCGCGAAACUAAAACUGCCGAAUUACACAGUCUAUGAUCAGGUGUAUCGGCGAACAUAUUUCACGUGCGUAUUAACAAGCUCAUCCGACCGUAAUUCGAAAUAUUGACGGGAAUUCAUACGGAGGAUUCGUCUUCAAUUAACGGUUGUGUUCAACGAAAGUCACAAAUGUAAUCUCCGCUAAGUAAAAAUAUCGGAAAAAAGAACAUAAGUGUAAUAAUUAAAAAAUUACGUCGAUAGUGUGAAAGCAAGUAUAUCUUGUUUGACACUCACAACUGUCAUUUUUAAUAACCCAGCAGUAAUUUUAAAAUAAUUCGGAAAAAUUAGAUACGAUUCGCAUAAUUCUGUUCCAAAGUAACAAUCAACUCGCGAGAUAAAGUUGCGUAAAUUAUUCAUAAGGUGUAAAGUGAUCAAACAUAACUAGUCAAUAGAUUAAUAUACGAAGAAAGCGCGGUUGUGUUCUAAGGACUAUAAAAAACCCGCGAACUUCUUCAAAUUUUAGUCCCGCGAUUCGUCGAGUGAAUCGAUCGAUCGUCAAGAAUCGUAAUCUUCAUUGUCGAUAAUGCGAAGACGUACUCUUUAUAAUUUUCAGUGAAAAUAAUAAAGAGUCACAGAGUGUCUACAACCGGUAAGUGUCGUCUGUUGUGCAUCUGACGGGAAAAAACUUUGAUUUCCUGAUUAUGGCGACUCGAGAUGUUUGGCGCGUCCCUCCUGAUUCGCAUCUCUCCUCAUUGCCGUACGCGAAAUUCUCUGGAGUCCUUCGACAAGAUCACAUGGGCGCACCCGAGGACCUCGAGAGUUAAUUAAAAUGCGAGACCUGAACGCCACCGCAUGCGCUGCUUUGUACGACGGCGUCGAGUGGUCAAGCUUGGGAAACGUGGUUACUCUAGUCAUUCUGGCUAUUGUCAAUGUCAUGGUGGUAGUAGGUAACGUCCUGGUCAUACUGGCCGUCUACUGCACCAGCAAGCUCAGAAACGUGACAAAUAUGUUCAUCGUGAGCCUGGCCGUUGCCGAUCUGAUGGUCGGGGUCGCCGUCUUGCCAUUUAGCGCAACUUGGGAGGUUUUCAAGGUUUGGAUAUACGGAGAUCUCUGGUGCUCCGUGUGGCUGGCAGUCGACGUUUGGAUGUGCACGGCGUCGAUAUUGAAUUUAUGCGCCAUCAGCUUGGAUAGGUACUUGGCUGUGACCAGGCCAGUCAGUUAUCCUCAGCUUAUGUCAACGAAGCGGGCCAGAAUGUUAGUGGGUGCCGUUUGGGUUUUGAGCUUCGUCAUCUGUUUUCCACCUCUGGUGGGCUGGAAGGACAAACGGUCGCAUCCCACGUACAACAUGACGUUUCCUCUCUACGGCCCGUCCAACACCACCACUAUAUUUAUACCGGUGAAGCCGUGUCCAUGGAUCUGCGAACUGACCAACGACGCCGGUUACGUCGUUUACAGCGCCCUAGGCUCCUUCUAUAUACCGAUGCUAGUGAUGCUGUUUUUUUAUUGGCGGAUCUACAAUGCCGCCGUUUCCACGACGAGAGCCAUUAAUCAAGGUUUUCGGACAACGAAAGCCUCGAAAAUGCUCGGCAGCAGGUUCGACGAACAAAGACUGACCUUACGAAUACACCGUGGCCGCGGUAGCGUUCACAACGGCAGUAACAACGGCAACUCGAGAAGCCCGGACUCGAGCAGUCGCAGCUCUGUCAAGCGGGAAAAGAUCAAAAUUUCGGUCUCUUAUCCCAGCACCGAAACUCUUAACACAAAGUGCAACACCCUCGAGAGAACGCCAUCGAGGUGCUCGCAAAUCUCGGUUCAUUAUAGCAAUGGACAAACGCAGACGCAGCUUUGUUCGCGAAAUACGCACCUUAAGGUCGGUGGUGUUAAUAGGAUCGGCAGCAACAAGAAGCCGAGCAGACGGAGCAGCUGUGAGAGUCAGGUAACCAGCGACGAGCUGUCAUUGCGCGAGAUGACGCCGAGCAGCGAGGAGAAACCGCGAGUGAUGAAACUGGGCAAGAGGAACAUAAAAGCACAAGUGAAAAGAUUCCGCAUGGAGACCAAGGCGGCAAAGACGUUGGGCAUCAUCGUCGGCGGUUUCAUCAUGUGCUGGCUGCCGUUCUUCACCAUGUAUCUGGUGCGCGCAUUCUGUCCAAAUCACAUCCAUCCAACUGUCUUCAGCGUAUUAUUUUGGCUAGGUUAUUGUAAUUCCGCGAUAAACCCCUGCAUCUAUGCUCUCUUCAGCAAGGAUUUCCGUUUCGCUUUCAAGAGAAUCAUCUGUUGCAAGUGCUCCUGCAUACAACGCGUCAACACUUUGCGUCGUGGCAGUGAUGGCAGUCAGUUGGCGAUGAGAAACGAACGAAGUCCGAGUUACUCGAUCCGCGGUACUCAACACGGGAUCUCCAUCGACGACUCGGAUCCUGAUCCGGCAUCGGAACCAACGCACUCGCAGAGCGAGUCUAGAUGAUCGUAGCGACACGUCCGAGCUGGCAGACAGCGCGUCACCUUUAACCCCCGAUCCUCCAGGGCGAGGAUAUUCUUAUGAUCGGCGAUCCUCAGACAUGUCAACGUAAUGUCAUACGUUCGGCCUUUUUGCCAGACUGACGCGAUUUUGACUUUGUCGAUGAAACUAGAAAUGCGUACAUGCUCUGUCUGUCUGUCUAAUAUCGCGAUUAUACGAAAUCGUUAAGCGAGCAGUUACGAGUAACAAGCAUCUUGUUUAACUUCUCUGUUGCCUUUUGUUCUUGAAAAACGAAUAUUAUUCUUGAUUGGUCUGUCUAUCGGCAUCAUGCAAUCUCACUACAAUGACUAAAGUGAAUGAGAAAGGAAAAGCUAAAUUAGUUUACUAGGCGAGGUGAGCAAAUAAUUCUCUUUCAACCUGAUCCUUUAUGUAGAUUGCGUAAUUUUGCUGCAACGAGUUUAUGACAAAGCCAGCAGAGAGGUAAGUCAAGUAACAAAUUACUCUUUUCGUUUCUCUGCCAUCUAUCUCUGAAAGAAACAUAAGCAAGUAACUCGCUGUUCGAUUCGCUUUUACACUGUAAUUGGUCGAGCGAAACAGAAUGCCAGAGAGAGCUUCGUGCAACGCGCAUCCAAUCGAAACUGGAUUUUAGCGCAUCAGGCCUGGAACGUGGCGCUUCAUCUAUGCAAAGAAUAAAGAAAAAAGAUAAUCCGUCGUGGAUCUCGUCGCGCGUAUUUUUUCGCAAGACCGUUUCGCGGCAUUUCGCUUCGAUUUGUACUUUCGGCUACGUUAUAAGAGCUUAACACUGUCGUGUCUUUGUUAAAUAACCAUUUCUCCUCGUGACCAUCCCGUCCGGUGAACAUUGUAGUGAAUUAUCAUACAUCAUCACACUUAAUGUUACAUGUAUCUAGCGCGGAUCGUCAGAGAGUAAUCGGUUGGAUUAUUACAAACUCGAUAUGAUAAUCUCUCCGAUCAUUGCAUUGUAAAAAAAACUGACUAAAUUUCAGACAAAGUGCCUGCAGCUUUUUUGCAGACACACUGUCUGAAUUAUCAGACAGAACACUGUCUAAAGAUAAUAAAAAUUACAAAUACACUUCAAUUUUCAAACACUCUUCUGAACUUUUAGAGAAACAGUUCUGAUAAUUAAGACAGAUUGUCCGAAAUUUUUCCCAGACAUUCAGAUCUGAAAUUUCAGACAAAAAUGUGUCUGAAUUAAAAAAAAUUUUUUUUUGGUGUGGAUUAAUGUAUUUAUUCGAUAUUGUGUGUGUGUGUGUGUGUGCGUGUGUGUAUGUGUGCGCGCCUUCUUUUCUCGACGUUCUCCUCUCUUCCGCGCAGAAAUCGCUUUGCAAUUAUUUAUUUAGCCUAAUACACGAUCCACGUGAGUGAGUCAUGUGUAGCUCUCGGUUUUCAAGUCCUUUCCGGUUUCAAGCUGGGACGAUUGAUUGAUUGACUGAUUACUGCUGAUCAUCCGUGACAUGUGUACAUAUACGUAUUGCAUAAUGCAUUCAUCCCACGUCGCUAUUAGAGAGCGGUACCUAUUGAAAGACGAGAGACAAGUCUCUCAAACUAAGAAGGAGAAUAGAGAUCGAACAACACUUGCGCGAAAUUCGAGAUGUGCGUUCGACCGAGGACGAGCAUUCGAGAAGCGCGGACGUAACGAUGCGACGAAUACCUUCUAUGUACAUAUCCGAUAUCUAUGUAUACGCAUAGCGUUAAGUAUGUCGUUAUUUGCUAUGUAAACCGAUGUUCGCCCGCGCACACGCUCGUAUAUAUCGGCGUUUCUUCCCUUUCUUCCUCUCCUUUUCUCUCCCGCUUCCUCCAGCGUCUCUCUCUCUCUCUCUCUCUCUCUCUCCUUUUUCCCUUUAUUCGAGACAUUUUCGAGAUUUAACCGGAACAAGAUUGCGACUCUCUUCGAUGUUGUUGAUUUGUACAUUUUUUUUAUAUAAUCUCGCGCGCGUUUGUAUAAUAAACAUCGCAUCAUACACAUCGUUGUUACCGCUCGUGUAAUAUAUACACAUUAUACAUAUAUAUCGUAUAAGAAGAAAACAAUAUGCGCGGAUAUUGCGUUGGGCUACGUUAAGUCCAACGUUUGCGAGAGAUUCGGGACGUCUCGUGCAUACUCGCGAAUUUACCCCCGUAGAUUGCCGUUAAAGCAACGUAACUGUAAUUCAACGGGGGCAGCGAGACGACCGAUCGACUUCAAUGCGUGGUUCAUGUAUUAUGUGAUAUAUCGUAUAAAUAUGUCAAAAAAAAAAAAAAAAAAACGGAAAUAAAUAUGUGAAUACGUAUA